GUUUUAUAAUAGCAACUAUCCAAUUUAUUAAAAAAAUGGUGAUGUUUGUUGUUCAUCACGAAUCUGUAAAAAAUUGUUACCGAGCACAUUUUUGUAGUAUGGCUCUUUGGUUUUUUAUAUCAGUAGCUUUAAUAACUUAUAUUGUGCCUCUUUUUCUUGCAUAUCAGAGUCACGGUUUCUGGAUAAAAGAGCACACAUAUCGUGAGCAACCAGAAGUUCAUUUCAAACAUGAGUUUGUACUUUUCCUUCAAACAACUGGAAAACUAAUAGGUUAUAGUACAAUUGAAAACCUAAACACAGUUUUACUGGGUGAAAACACAAGAUUUCCUAUAGUUCGUUCUUAUGAAGUUGAUCAAAAUUUGGAUGGAAAAAAUGAUUUCAUGAAAUUUGAAGUUCAAACUCCUGUAUUGGAUAAUGAAUUAAUCCAAAGUAUUCAAUUGCUUCUGUUUUUUGAUUAUAGGCUUUAUACAUAUUCCAAUUUGCAAAUGGAGUCUCUUGCUUUCAUUAGUUUUCAGACUUGCAUUCCUGGAUCUGAAUUUAAAUCCAAUGGUGUACUCAAGUUUGUUCAAAAAUAUCCUUUACCGCACAGAGGCUCGCUUACCAAGUAUGAUGUGCCCAUCAUAGACUCAACUUCUCAAAACAUUUUAGAUUUUGAUCUUCACAACAUACUUUCAAGUUAUCAAACAAGAAACAUUUCUACAACCUUUGUUGGAUCUUAUCCUGUAUGGAGAGGUCAGCCAUCUGCUUCAGUGCCAUUUUCUGUUAAACUUCAUAUUGAGUAUCCUGAGGAAACUAUAAUUUACCAUCCAGGAUUUUGGCAGCUUAUCAAAUUUGCUUGGAUUCAAUACCUCUCUAUUUUGCUUGUUUUUAUUUACUUUUUCCAUAAAGUAAAGACUUUUGUUUACAAAAAUCAAAUAUUUGAUUCAACAUUGACUAGCACUAAAGUCCACCAAGAUUAAGUUCAUCUAGUUUUUAAUGAAGUUUAAUGUUUAGUUGCACAACUGAAGUUGCAAUGUUCAAAAUGUUUGUCAAGUUGCUUUACUGAAUUUCAAAUGUUCAAAAAGUAUUAACUUAUUGAAUUAGUGAAGUGGACAUGUUUUGGUCUAAUUCUAUAAUAAAAUUCUAUAAUAAAAAAGAGAACUUUGGAAAUUUCUAGUUAAAAUAAUUAUAAAGAUUUUUGUUGGCAUUAGUUUAAAAUUUUUUAGUAGCAAUCUAUAA